GAAAAAACAGACAGCACCUUAGUGUUGUAGCGAUAGUCAUAUUUGGUUAACUCAACAUAACGCGCGAGUAGGUAAAAAUAUGUCAGUUUCCCCGUACACCAUCGCCGGCAACGGCGUCAGAAACCUCUACUCAUCAUCUUCCUCAUAUAUUCACCGCCACAAUUGUCCUCUUACGAUUUCCACCAUUCUCAAAACCACGCCACUUUCUUUCCCCCUUAACCUUAGUUACGUUACAGCCGCUGUAACACCAAGCAGCUCAACCAGAAACAUUAGUAAGCCUAUUGAAAACUGUAGCAGUUUCACUUGGGACGAUGUUUUUCAAGUAUCUCAAUCACAUAAUGGUUCGUGGGAUCUCGGUGGAUUCUUUCAGAAGAUUAAUCUCUGUAACCGUGGCUCGGAAAACCGUUCUGAUUUCAUCCCAUUUGUCAUUGAGGACCAAAUUGUUGGCUAUGUUCACAAUGGUUUUGUUGACCAUUUAAGCAAGUUUAAGGAUGUUUUCACUAUCAUCAAAGAUUCUACACAAUCACGCCAUGUCACAGUACAACCUGCACUGAAAACACCCGAGUCUAGAACUGAAGCCCUUGGAAAUGUUGUAAAGUGCUUAGGUGAAGAUGUAUUUCCAGGUAUACGGAAUGAGCUAUACCCUGUGACUUCAUCAUAUGGAGGAAAAGUAUAUUUCUCAUUAGAACGUGCAGCAGCGCCUUACUUUGGAAUAAAGGCAUAUGGAAUUCACAUGAGUGGCUAUGUCGAAAAAGAUGAAGAAAAGUAUCUAUGGAUCGGAAAAAGAAGUGAAACAAAAGCAACCUACCCGGGCAUGCUUGACCAUCUCGUUGCUGGAGGACUGCCGCAUGGGAUGUCGUGUGCAGAGAAUGUUGUGAAGGAAUGUGAGGAAGAAGCUGGAAUACCAAGAUCCAUUUCCAGCAGAGCGAUACCCGUUGGUGUUGUCUCAUACAUGGACAUUGAUGGGUAUAGAUUCAAGAGAGACGUUUUAUUUUGUUACGAUCUGAAGCUUCCUGAAAGUUUCAUUCCCCACAAUCAGGAUGGAGAAGUUGGGAGCUUUAAGUUACUCCCGGUAACACUUGUGGCUGAUGUCAUUCGAGAUACGGACUUCUUUAAAGCAAAUUGCAAUCUUGUCAUCAUCGAUUUUCUUUUCCGACAUGGGUACAUCAAACCUGAAGAUGAUGGGUACCUGAAGCUGCUACAAAGCUUGAGAAGUGGAGAUUGUUCCUAAAUGUAUCAACCUUGUUUUUAGAUGACCUGAAAAUCUCAUAUUCUAUACUUUUACAAAACUAAUAAACAAAAUAAUGAAUCAUGUAUGUGUUUUAGUUUUUUUUUUUCUUUGAACGUCAAAUAUUACUUCUUUGCCUUA